CUAAAACGGUCGUUGCGGGCUGGGCUUCCUGCUAGGGCCCUACCCUGGUCAGGGAGUUUGAAACUUCCAGGGCAGGGGAAAGCAAAACUACAAAUUCUAGAACAAAUAAAUGAAUAGACGUUACAGUGAUCCCAAGCCGGAAGCGAGGGAAAGCGGGCGAUACACGUAGACUUGUUACGUGCCUUGCAAUUCGGGUCAACAUCCCCGAGAGCGCAGGAAUAGGAAGGACUGUGGGCUGUUGCUAGUGCUCCGAGAUGUCCGGGUCCUUGUCAAUCGCCACGGCCACAUGGUUGUUGCGGGCUGACACCGGCAGCUCCGCAGCGUCCUCCGAGGGAACAGCCGCCGCUGGGGUGGCACCAGGUUCCGUGCUGGCAGGGCGAUCUCCAGCCUCACCGCCAGCAGCAGCUGCAGCCUCACCAGCAGCAGCCUCACCGCCCUCUUUAGCUGCCUCACCGCCAGCAGCCUCAUCCCCGUUGGCGGGCUCUUCGGCAUCGCCAUCCUCCGUAGGGUUGGUGCAGAUGGGAUGCCUGCGGGAGGGACAUUGGAUGACACCCUUAAGGAUGGGCCAAGGAGAUUUGCCCGGGUACUGGACACAGACAAGGGAUGCAUAGCAGGGGGCAUGCUAUCCCGAAACCCUGAGAUGCAACCUGUAUCAUGUGGCCAAGCGUGGGGGUCGGUCAGAUGCCGCAUGCGUCCGUGGUUGGGCAUUCGGGCCGGGGACAUGCCAUGGAUGGUGGAGGACCAAACACUCUGUCACACCGCGCUUUUUUAGCGCAUGAGAAAGGGAAGUAGUGCAUUAUCCUAUUAUU